UUGGACUUGUCAUCUAGUUCACACGUCAUCAAGACGGCGAUGCCUAAUGCAAAACAGCUGAUUCAGUCUGCAGUUGACGGUCUACUAGUAGCCGUGAGAUCAGCUGCCUCCUUGUCAAGGAGGGCGCUCUGCAUCAGUUCAACUUCUCACCAAGGAAGGGCCCCUGAUAUGAAUGACGGAAACCGAGAUUUGCUUGUAUCCAAUGUGAGAAACAGACUUAGAGAGAUUGUGGGAGCAUCCACCAACUGGAGUGACCAUCAGCAAGCAAUGACAGAGCGGGCAUCCCUGAGCUCCCAGCUGGCAAAGGGUCAGGAUGAGAUGCCUGUCAGAACCGCGAAGGACAGCUACACUGAGGUGCACCUACCACUCGGCUCUGACCCCACCAUCCGCGAGAAAUACCUGAAUUUCCAUAACAGUGUCAGGUUUGGUCGGAUCCUUGAAGAUCUGGACAGUUUAGCAGUACUUAUCUGUUACUCUCACACAUGGAACAAGGAACUCAAGCGCUCCCCACUGUCCAUUGUCACUGCUCUGGUCGACAAGAUUGAUAUGAGAAAAAAUAUCAUCUACCCAGACUGCGACAUCAAGUUUACAGGCAAUGUUACAUGGGUGGGAAAAACUUCUAUAGAGGCCAAGAUGCACAUGUCUCAGUACCACAAUGGAGCGUACAGUCCAGUGCUAGACGCCACAUUUGUCAUGGUGGCCAGGGAUCCUGAAAAUAAAAGGGCAGCAUUUGUGAAUCCACUUAAAGCUACGGGACCAAAAGAAGAAGAAGACUUUCAGAAUGGAGAGUUGAACAAGACGCGACGGAUGGAGCUCAGUAAAGCAUCUCUCCUGAAAGUGGCCCCCACUGCAGAUGAGAGGACUCUCGUACACAGUCUGUUCCUGAACACCCUGGAUACCAAAACCGUUAGCUUUAGCAGUCGAGUGCUGCCACCAAACUCUGUGUGGAUGGAGAAUGCCAAGGUGAAGGGCCUGGAGAUCUGCCAUCCUCAGGAAAGGAACAUAUUUAAUCGCAUAUUUGGUGGUUUCUUGAUGAGGAAAGCCUAUGAGCUGGGCUGGGCCAAUGCUUGUGCGUUUGGUGGUUGUCGACCAUCCCUGGUUGCUGUGGAUGAUAUUCUGUUCCAGAAGCCAGUGGAGAUUGGCUCCUUGCUGAUGCUGUCCUCACAGGUGUGUUACACAGAGGGCUGGUACAUCCAGGUCAGAGUUCACACAGAAGUGCUUGACCCCUUGACUAGGCAACACAACACUACCAAUGUGUUCCACUUCACCUUCAGAGUGGAUAACGAAGUACCUGCGGUUGUACCCCGGAGCUACGGAGAGUCCAUGUUGUACCUGGAUGGGAAGAGGCACUUUGACGAGACAAUGAGGGGUCAGGCCUAACUGAAAGAGGACACCCUCGACAAUGCCUUACGACUUUUCAUUAUUUGCACCUGCCAAUACUCUAUGUACACAAGUGGCUUUGUUUGUUUUUUUGUGUGCGAAUGUGUGUGCGAUUGUGACUGAGAAUGGAUACUAGUGACAACAUAUAUGCAUGCAGGCAGUGACUAUAUACGUAAGUAGAGAUUUUAUAUUUACAAAAGUUUAUUGGAAGGGAGUUGGGGAUUUUACUAUAUAGUAUGCUGAUCAUAUAUGCAGAUUGACUUACACAAUACACAGAACACAUUUGGUUAUCUUGUUGUCAGUGUCAACUAUCUGUUACAAAUGUAGAUGGUUUUACACAAUUCCACCAUGUUGCUUUGAGCACCACCAUACAAAACUUAGUGUCUCUGUUUAUGUGUACUUCCUUCACACUUCAAUUGUAAUCUUCUUUUUUUUUUUUACCAAAGAGAUUAUCUGAUUGAUUAAUUGGCAGCUGCCAUCUGUACUAGUUUCACAACUGCGGCUGUACAAAUCACGAAUGAAAUGGAUCUUUCCAAAUGUUGGUCCUUUUUGCACUACCUAAGUUAUACAACCUCAAAAGUAAUACUUGUUUGUCUUCAUUGUCUUAAAAUGUUAGCAAAACGCACAAAUUGUCAUUAUUUUGUGUUUUACAUUUUUUUACUUUUUAGUUUUUACAUUUGUUAUCCAUUUCUCAUUGGCUGUGUAAAGUGUUUGUAAAGUCCGAAAAUAAACACCAUUGGCUACACCCUU